UACCAUCUUCAAAUUCGCGCACAACUACACCAGUGUAAUACACGCAUAUGAACUUUGUGAAAUUUACUGAAGCACUAUCGCUUUUAGAAAUGUGCGCCGAGCAGGUGUGCAGUAGCUCUUUAUAAAUAGAGAGUGCAAUCGAAACGCACGAUCAGUUGGUACGAAGGUGUGGCAAAAACCAUUCGAAAAGGAUAGAAAAUAGAUUUGGGUAUAAAUUAAAGGAUUCAUAAGGGCAAUCAACAUGAUUCAAAAUGAAAGUUAUGUUGACUCGCUGGCCAAUCGUGAUUUACAAUCACAAUCAGGAAAACAUCCUGAACAAGAUGAAACGACAAGAAAAUCAUUCUCUGAAAACAGGGUGUCUUUAAGACCCAAAAUAGCUUGUAAGUCCCCAAAACGCCUUCCCACUCCAACUUCUAGAGCAAAAUAUGAGAAAAGGAACAUUCAACAGGAUGCUGAAUACGAAAGUACCACAUCGGAGGAUAUGCCAACAGAUGCUUAUAAGCUAAAGAAACGCCAAACCAGUCCCACUUCCAGUGCAAGAUAUAAAGCAAGGCACUAUUCUGACAGUAAACUUGCAGAGAAAUUAGAAUCAUUCUCAAACUAUGAAAAAGAGCACUGGUCGGAGGAUGGCCUCGAAGUGUUCCAGAGACCAUUAUGUCUUGUAAGUGCCGGCUAUAAAAACGUUCUGCAGGUGGACCAAAGUGUACUUGGACAGUUACGUAAAAUCAUCUUGCCAUGCGUUAUUGUUGCUGUAGUUGGUCUUUAUCGCACAGGAAAAUCGUAUCUGAUGAAUCGUCUGGCAGACGCUGACAAAGUUGAAGGAUUUGCUCUCGGUGAUACGAUUCAGUCUCAAACAAAAGGAAUUUGGGUGUGGUGUAAAAGACAUCCCAGAAUUGCAGACACAAUUCUUGUUCUUCUCGACACCGAGGGCUUAGGGGAUGUCCAAAAGGGUGAUCCAAGUCAUGACAAUCGUAUCAUCACAUUAGCGACUUUGUUAUGCAGCACAUUGGUUUACAAUAUGAAAGGUGCUUUUGAUCAAGAUGCAGUGAAUAAACUUACCUUUGUAUCCGAGAUGGCCAAAAAUAUUCGUUUUGGAGGUCGGUGCGAUGAAAACAAUAGCAUUUUGCCUGGAUUUGUGCUGGUGUUGAGGGAUUUCACAUUGAAAAUGAAAAACAAGAAUGGGAACAUUACACCCGAUGAAUACUUGGAGACAUCUCUUAAAAGCGACGAUAAGCAUGGGGAAGAUUUUAACAAACCUCGGGAAUCCAUCAGAAAGUUCUUCCCUUCUGGUAAGCGAAAAUGCUUUGCACUUCCUGUCCCAGGUGAUGCAGACGUUUUAGACAAGUUGGAGGAGCUUCCAUUUGAUGCCCUAUCAAAGAGAUUUCAGGAACCUACAUUCGAGUUUAUGAAAUUUAUCUUCAAUCAAGAACCCAAACAGCUUAUGAAUAGCAAACCCGUAACAGGAUCUAUGUUGGCUGUUUUGACCGAUCAAUAUGUCGAGGCUUUGCGACAAGGCGUUGUCCCGGAUGUUUUAAAUGCAAUUGAAGUUGUUGCAGAAAUGGAAAAUACGAAGGUGAAAAACGCGGCAUUAGCAAUUUUUAAGGAGGGUUUAGUUGACCAAAAAAUGCCAGUUCCUUACAAGCAACUGGACGACCAUUUUCAAAGUGUACAAUGGACUGCACUUGAAUACAUACGUAAGAAUGCCAUGCUUGACGGAAAACACAAUGUUGAAAAAGAUGUCCAGUCGUACAUGGAAAUAAUAUGGGUAAACAGAAAGUCGGAAAAUGAGCAACAUAUUUUCGAAUACUGUGAGAACAGUUUGGAAGCGUUGCAAUCAAAGAGUACUCUUAUUGCUGGUAUUCAAGAUAAGUCGUAUGCAGAUAUCGGAGGUCACAGGAAAUUCAAACAUGAUUUAGAACGAGUCAGACAGGAGUACAACUUAGAACUCAAGGAUAAAGGAUAUGGGAACAGAGAGACGGCAGUAACGUGGAGUACAUUUAAGCAAACUCUGACAGAUGCUGAAAUGGAAAUUGUUCGUUUGGACGACGCAUUGUCAGAAGAUGUGAAAAAUAGAGAAAGAGAGGAAUUUAAGCAGGAGAUGCAGAAGACGGUACGCGAGAUGGAAGAGCAAUACAAACAAUCGUUCGAAGAACAGCGCAAAUCUUACGAAGCCCAUGAAAAAGAGAUUAAGAAACAACGAGACGAGCAAAACCAGGAGCACAAAGAGAAAAUGAACAAACUCAUACAAGAGAUAGCACAACUUAAGGAAUACGUUGUCGAAUGUCAGUCUCGAGAUAAAAAAAUUCAGCUGCUGGAAAACGAAAACAAAAAAAUAAGAAAAAUGGAAAUGCAAUUGCGAGAAGAAAACGAAAAGAAAAGGGACGAAGAUUUCCGACAAUGGCGAAAAGAUGAAAAGGAACAGUUUGAGAGAACUGUAGAAGAUAUGCGGACUGUGCAACAGAAAGGCGAUGAAACAGAAAAAGAGUUGAGGAAUUUAAAGGAAGAAAAGGAAAGAAAAGAAAGCGAAAGGAAAAAGCUGGGGUUUUUUGGAAAACUUCUGUAUGGAUUCAAGGAAUACGGUUAAAGAAAAAGCAUUUAGGCCCGAAAUAAAUGUGUAGGCUUUUUUAUUGAUACAUCUCAUGGAACACAAAUACGUUGGCAUGUUUGUUGAUUUUUAUUAGGUUAUUUGGUUCCUUGCUGCGUUUCCAUUUUGCUUUAUACAUUUAUUUUAAAAGGUGAUUGUAGUUUAGAAAUAAUCUUAAAAGUAACUUGUAUUCAGAAUGUAUUUUCAUUUUUUUCAUAUUCACGUUAUUUUUGCUUGUUACUUUCGUGGUGACUUUUCCUGCGAUUUUCUUCAUACAUAAUUUUUGAUUGUAGCAAGAUGUUAGAGAUGCACUCUUACUCCCAAAUAAGAUUUACCACAAUCAAUAAUAUUGAUUAAAUAGUCAAAUAAGGAUGAAUAAAUGUUGAAACAAUGGUUCUGAUGAAGGAUAUCGAGUUGAAUUUGAAAGAAUGAGCAUAAAACACGGUAUUUCUAUCUGUAAAACUAAAGUAGUCAGCAUCAAAAUUUGAGCAUUCACCAUUUAUUAAUAAUUUUAAUAAAUGCAUUAUAUAGUAAGUAGUUGACGGUUUAUUAAACAAAAUUUAUGUUUGUUCUACAUGUGUAUAAAUUGAUUUUGAAUAAGAGUGUAAUUUGAAUAAACAA